GGAUUUCUCUCGUCUCUGAUGUUCAGAUGUGAAGGUUGAGUUUUUGAAAUAAUAAUCCAGUAAAAUUUAAGCUCAUUUAUUCAAUUUCAUUGAACAAUCUUUCUUAAUUGACUUUUAAAUUUGUUUAACCAUUGAUUAAUUAUUAGAUUGAUUUGUAUGUCACUGUCAAGUCCUGCUUCCAUCCGCAAUGGCAGCAAAUUUUGAUCCUUAUGACAAAAACAGUUGGUAUUUUGGUUCCAUGACAAGACAAGAAGCUAUUGAUUUAUUAAAUGCUGAAAAUGAAGUGGGAGUAUUUUUGGUGCGUAACAGUAGCUCAAUUAUUGGAGAUCUUGUCCUCUGUGUUAGAGAGAACAUGAAAGUUAGCCAUUAUAUUAUUAAUAAAGUUCAACAAUUUGACCAAACUCGUUUUCGGAUGGGUGAUCAAAUGUUUCCUGAUAUCCCCUCAUUACUGAGCUUUUACAAGAUUCAUCUAUUGGAUACAACUAAACUUAAAAGACCUGCCACUAAAAGAUCUGAAAAAGUUCGAGCUAAAUACGAUUUUGCAGGAAGUGGCGAUGAUGAAGAUCUUCCUUUUAAAAGAAAUGAGAUAUUGACAAUUAUCUCAAAAGAUGAAGACCAUUGGUGGACAGCUAAAAAUAGGCUGGGCAAAACUGGUUGUAUUCCUGUUAAUUACGUUGAGCCGUAUGACGAUAGUCAAAUUGAAAACACAACUAGAACUUCAAGUCCGAUUCCUAGUCAAACAAAACAAUUACCAGCUAAGCCGCAAUACAACACACCACAAAUACAGCGACAGUUGCCUGCCAUGGCCAAAGUAACACAAGCAAGAGUGCCCAAUGCAUAUGACAAAACAGCCUUGAAAUUGGAGGUAGGAGAUAUCAUAAAAGUAAUAAAAACAAAAUUGGAUGGACAAUGGGAGGGAGAAUUGAAUGGAAAAAUUGGACAUUUUCCUUUCAACCAUGUUGAAUUCAUUGAUACGGAGAACCCUGAAGAGGAAGACACCAACUCAUGACCCUCUUAUGAUUAAAUUGAUGAAAGCAACAUCAUUGCUCAUCGACAAAUCCCCUUCAUACAACCCAUACAAAAACAGAAACAUAUACACAUAAAAUUACUACACAAUUGUAAAGAAAUCCAAAGCAAUGGAGAAACAAAUUUUUCUGGGUAAACCUGUUUAAAAAGAUACCCGGCUAAUGAUGAGCCCGAAGCUGAACAACAAGCAUCCGGAGCUGGUGGUCUACUUCCGCCAAUUGAUUUUGAUCAAAUGUUAGAACUAUCUAUAUAUUUUAAUAUAGUUAUAAUAUAUUUAUGUGUAUAGAGUAAGUGAGAAGGAAAGAGAAAGGGAGUAUGAAAAAGAAAAGAAGGAAGGAAGAAGGCAAAAUGCCAGUGAAAGAAUCAACCGGAGUUGAUGUUUUACUUCUUCAGAAGAGGAACACCACGUGAUGAACUGGUAAAGAAAGGUUUAUCCUUAUCAGCCAAAUUUUGUUUUUUCUCUUUUUUUUAAAAAAUUACAAUAUCCAUUUAAAUCACAAGUUUGACGUAUCCAAAACUCAUCAAAAAAUCACCUAAUUCAUCUAAAUGUAUCAUAUAAAAAGACAUAAAAGCAA